AUGAGUGGAAACAGAUGGAUGAACAUCCGGGAGCGACUCUCCAGAGAUUCAGUGCAGACACCCUGGCUCUUCAUCAAAACCGUACUCCGCGGCAUCACAGCCGUACUCGCGCUUAUUUCGUUAUCGUUUUUUGCAGUUGCGAUACCAUUGUGGAAUAGGAACCUGGAGCAUAUCAAUGGUCCGAAUAAAGGGGAUUGGCAGGAUGGAGUUCCUAUUGCGCCUUUAGCGGUAGCAUUCCUGUACAACACCUUCACAAGCAUCUACGCCGUACGAACAGCCAAACGCGUCCCCUACGUUUUGGAGUUGAUCAUGGACUUUGUCAUCUGGGCCGCCCUCGUCCCUGCCCUCGUCUUUGCGAUUUGGGGCGGGGUUUUCAAUGUAUGGCAGACUGCCACAACGACCAUGGAUCCGAAUUCGUCGAUGAUGAUGGUGAUGUGCGAUGUAUCCACGAAUUUUUGGAGUAGAGAAUGCUUUCCGGAUUUGUAUCCCAUGGGGUUGCUUGAGAUAGGUGCUAUUGCAUUUGGGGUUCCUGUCUGGAUAUUUCACACGUUUCUCUUCGUGCAUGGGAUAAUCGAACGGUGUACGCGGUCUCGAAGAGUAAACUCCCGAGCGUCGGAAAUGAUCAAGAAUCUCGAGGCAGACAAUGGGAUGAACAAUGCUGGAUGGGGGAGGCCUGGCAUGAAUCCGGGGCCGUACAGAUUCUACUAA